ACCACGCCCCGUCAACUGUUCCACGAUUCCAACUAUUCGAGCAUUCCGCUGUUCCGCUUGCCACCUUGCAGCCGUGAUAACGAGUGGCGAGUUUUUGCACACGUCACGUCUUGCUUCCGGUGGAACAAAGUGCCACAUCCGGCCUUCUGGCGCAUAUGGCUUGCUCCAUUGAGGCUCUGAUCUGUCAUGAAUGCAGAGAUUGAUCUAUUCAAUCAAGGUAUCAAUGAUUGGGGAUUGACUGAUAUUAAAACUGACAGUUGUCUCUUUGACCAAGAUUUAGGUAACUCUUCGCCAUGGGAGUCUGAUGCGAAACCUCUGCUGUGUAUUUCGUGUCAGCUGGAGUUCUCCUCUGUGUCCCAAUUCUUACAUCAUCACCUGCAGCACGUAGCGCUACCCUCAGUUAUUCUCAAGCCUGUCAGCCUCAACCUACUGAAUAGUUGGCCCGCAGGUAACACAGUAAAGAAGCGACCAGGUCCGAAGAGCCGUACUGUGAUACAGAAUCUGUCACCUCAACUAGAGAGCCACUCUCCUCUGAAACUCACGAUCAAACGGUUGCCAACCUGCCAAGAGCCGGCCUUCGAGGUUGUGAACAAAAAGAAGGGGAGGGUGCGAGGUGGAAGUGCGAGCAUGGAUGACAUGAUACCAGAGGGGUUGGGGGGCUCUCCCCACCCCCACCCUGUUCACACUCCCAGCCCCACGCCCAGUGAUAUCCUCCGGCCUGAAGUUAAUGCGGAUUCUCAUAGAAGUACAUGGGAAAGCUUAGCCUACAGCUUUGGUUUCCUCGCCCCUGAGUCACCAGCGGACCAGGUGGUGGGGGAUAUCCCUCCGGUCAAUGGAAGUACCCAGCCCGACAAUGAGAGCAAGGACUCGGGGGCAUCGUGCAACAGUGAGCCAGAACCAUUGGAUAACUCCCUACCACCUCCCCAGGAGCCACAGCCGUUACAGAAUGGUACCUCAGAGCCUGACAGCGAGUCAGAGCCACAAAAAAGUGUGGAGCAAGAGUCCUCAGACAGCGGUUGUGAGAAAGAUGAAAGUGAAAAAGACUUUUCUAGUGAUAAAAAUGUGGAAACAACAACCUCCACCUCUCCUCCCUUACCGGCCAAUCCGAGUCCUGUCAGGAGCCUAACGAUUCUAGCCCCUUCAGCUCUGAACAGUUCAGUUGUAAAUGGUUCGCUCCCACCAGAGCCAUUAGACAGCAACACGGUUUCAGAAGCAUUUAACGAGCCUGGCCCUCCUCAAGCCCCACCUCCAGUCAAGGAGGGUCUGACGAUAUUAAGCCCUGCUGCACUGGGAGCCACCAGUGGCUCUGUCAAUCUGCUCAACCUUAACCCUAGCAAUGCCAGCAAUGACCCACUCGGCAUGCUGCGAGGCUACAUGGAACCUGAGACUGCCCCCUACAUGCUGGACACCUGUGAGGUAUGUGGGGAACGAAGUGACAACUUGGAGCAGCACCGAGCAGCUAUGGGUCACUACAAGUGUCACAUGUCCCCAGAUUGUGCUGUGGUGUUGUUCACCUCUGCCGCAGAGCUUAGUAAACACCAGCACGUAACUCACGGCAUCACACCACCACCGCCGCCGCAGCCUCCACAACAGUCUCUGGAACAGUUAGCUCAACAGGUGCAACGACUGCCAGUGCCUUACGGGAUGGCCCCAACGUUGGGAACCCCACCACCAUCUGUGAGUCCCGUGCCGUACCGUGUGCCAGGUGGAAUCACGCUGAGCUACCCUCAGCCCCCUGCACCAGGUCCUGCUCAGACUCCACCAUUUCAGGGCGGCAUACAGGCUCGCCCAUUUGCCAUGCAGACCUCUCCUUCCACCAUCCGACCUGAUGGGUCACCGGCUGCCUCACCCACAUUACCCCCUGGCCUUAGUCGCUCCAUCAGCAUUAGUCCAUCGGUGAAACCUUCGCAGAAACGGUCCACAUCUUCACCAGUCGUAGAACCUACCAAGCGCAGCCGGCCAGAUAGUCCUGAUUGUGAGCUGGUUGACGUACAGCAACCAGUUCCAACACUGCCACGCUCUAUCUCUCUGACUGUGAGGAAUCCCAGUGAUGCUAAUCCUCCGUCUCGCAAUAAGGAGUCCAGUGGUGUCGCCAACAUUCUGGCCUCUAGAGGCAUCACUGUGACCCCUGCUGUGAACAAGGCAUCUCCUGCACCACCACCGAGUCCCCGCAGCCCUGCCCAGCCAGUCACUACUCUAAACCUUAGCUCUGCAGUCACUAUUGUCCCUGCAAGUCAGGCAAGGAACCAAUUUGCAGUACCACAGACUCAGGGUAGGAGUGUGAGCAGGACGGUAGACCGCAACAGCAGACCGCCAACAGUAGACCUUACGCAGGAUAGUCCACCUGUAUUUCGGCGCAACAGGCCGCAGAGGUUCACGUGUCAGGUGUGCGAUAAAGUGUUCACCACCCAGGAGACACUCAACCAACAUCUGACCACCCACCGCAGCCCUGGCAAGCUGCCGUACAAGUGUAAUCUGUGUAACGCCCAGUAUCCAACGCAACAAGGAAUGUUGCAACACAAGCAGACCUAUCACAAGGAGGCCCAAGGCUCGGAGAUGGCUCUGCCUGUUGUGGACAUCAAACACCCGGGCACCAUACAGAAGCUCUCAUCUCUGGGCAUCCGUCACUGUCUGGUGCUGAGUCAGCUGGGCAAUUCUUCUGGUGGAGUGUUUGGUCUGCCGAUCGUCGCCAUUGACAACGCUCGCAAUCCAGCUGUUUGCAACCUAGGAGCGCUAGGAGCCAGUAACGUCCUCUCCCUUGGGCCUGCUAAAGCUCUUCGAUAGUGUUGGCUGGAUUUUCUUCUUAUUUUUAUCAAAAUCUUAUUAUUAUUGUUGUAUCAUUUUACGUUUUCAACCGAAGAUAGAGCUCAUAAUGAACUGAAACACAAAUUGAGUUCUACUUUUAUUUGUUAUUGUUUUAUAAACUAGAUUUUUCACUUAACGCUGCCUAUGUACAAAUUCCCUCCUUUGUAUACUUAUUUAUGUCACAUUUGUAAAUAUAGUGUAAUUUGUAAAAAUUGUUUUACUUUAAGUUGCCAGACAAAAUCAAUGACUUCGUUAUUAAUCGUUUGUCUUCAUUUUUAGAUGAAAAAACAAAUAUACCUAUUAAACCAGGCAGUUAAUAAAUAUGAGGAUUGUAAUUUCUGAAUGUAUUCCUCUAGUUUUAUGUAUUUGAUUACAACUAAAUUAUAUUUCCACUUAUUUUAUCAGUAUUGUGCUCUUUCAAAUUAAGAUAUAACUAUUGAGAGUAUAAAAAUAAAAUUUGUUGGUUCUGAAGGAAGGUGCUACCAUUCACACUUGGUAGCAGAAAUGAUUCUAGAAGCAUUGAAGAUUCUACUGUGAUUUAUACUAUAUUAGCACUGAUUUAUUGUUUAAAUAGUUAUUCAUUAAUAUAUAAUGCAAAUUAAAUUACCUAUUAAUGAUUAUUUUCUUAGCUAUGUUGACAUUUUACAUGAAAAUACUUCAUACAAAUAUUUCUAGAAUGUUUAACUUAACAAAUUAAACUAAAGGUGCAAUAUUUUGAUAUUAGUGGUUGUUGAAAAUGUAAUAACUUAAAUAAACAAGUUAAUUCAAAUAUUAAAGCAUUAUAUUAAUUAAAACUAGCUAAAGCUGACUGCUGUUCUAAUCAGAACAGAACAUAUUACUAUCAGUACUUUUAGUGUAACAUUAAAAUGCCCUUUAUAAAAAGGAUCACUAAAAGGAAUAUUUAUUAUAUUUUGUAUAACACCAGUUAUUUAUUAUUAGGAUUAAUAAGAACACUUUUUUAUCAUAAAUUGACUACACAAUAGAAUAACAGGUUAGAGGAGGGCUGUAGGCCAGAAAAGUAUAAGUUGAGAGGAAAACAAGGAGACUCGCCUAUCCUGUGUAGUAAAUUCUCACUUGUCUCUCCCAUUCAGAAAGUCAAAUGAGAAAUUCACUGAUUUUCUUGUAUUUACUCUGUGUCUGUCAUCAGUUCUGAGUAAUAAACUAAUGUGAGCUUCGCUGGUUUUUCUCAAUUGUCUUAAUUUAAUUAGAAAUCAGUAAAUGUAAGUGCAACAUUUUCCACACCACACAUAAAAGUGUACUGUAAUUGAUUAUUUUUAAUUAUUACAUUAAAAAUGUACCAAUGUUUUUUUUAAAAUUGUGCAAAUCCAGAACUAGUGUGAUCGAAUUUUGAUACAUUAAGUCACAGUUGGAUUGAUAAUUCAUUUAUUUAAUUUGUGUUGUACACAAUCCAUAUUCAUAGUUUGUUAAUUAAAGUAAUUUAUGUUUGACACAAAUAUUUUAAUAAUAAGUUUUGUGUAAGAAAAGAUAUUUUUAUCAAUAAUUUUUAAACUGGCACUUCAAAGUUUUUCUACAGCAGUUGGCUCCUGUAUAUAUAAAAACUGGCCCUUAAGACUGAUUGUAAAUAUGUGUUGAUAGUAAUACAUCUGAAUUGUAUUUUAUGUAUUAUGUUUAAAUAAUGUGAGUUGUUUUUCUUUAAUUGAGAGAUGAUUUCAAUAUUUUCUUUGUACUUUUUCAAACUAUUUUUUAUUAAAACGUAAUAUUCCUUUGAGAUGCAAAGCAAAGGAUACAUUUGAAUUCAUCUCCAAUGUGAAAUAAAACUUGUGUUUUAUUUUUCAA